AUGAUCCAAUUUGCUCGAAACAAACCAGCUGAUGGUGGUGGUCAUGUCAAUCAGAAGAAUGCCGCUGGACAGAAAACAACACCGACAGGACAAAAAGGAGCGGCGAACAAAGGCGGCCCGAAGACCCCCGUGAAACCAUCAGCACAGAAAGGAGCAGCAAAAACAGCACCACCCAAACAAGCGGCAGCGGCAGUGAAGACACCUCAAGGAAAGAAGAAGAAGGGACACAAACAUCAGCAAUACGAACUUAUUGUUACCAUUAACCUGUCUGAAUAUGGUCUUACGGAAGAACAAGUAGCAGAAUUCAAGGAGGCUUUCAUGCUGUUCGACAAAGACGAAGAUGGCACAAUAACGAUGGCUGAGCUUGGUGUAGUGAUGAGAUCUCUUGGACAGAGACCUUCCGAGACUGAGUUGCGAGAUAUGGUGAAGGAAGUUGAUCAAGACGGUAACGGUACCAUCGAGUUUAAUGAAUUCCUUCAGAUGAUGUCCAAAAAGAUGAGAGGUGCUGACGGUGAGGAUGAGCUUAGAGAAGCUUUCAGAGUGUUUGACAAGAACAACGAUGGUUUGAUUUCAUCCGUGGAGUUGAGACACGUGAUGACGAACCUCGGAGAGAGGUUGAGCGAGGAAGAAGUCGAUGAUAUGAUUCGUGAGGCCGACCUCGAUGGUGACGGCAUGGUUAACUACGAUGGUGAUUUCAUUAAAUAA